UGGGGGGACACGGAGGGGUCCGGGGCGGGCCGCCGCCCGCCUCGCGCCGCGUGCGUGUGCCGUUCCGGAAUAAUGGGUUUUGCACACUCGCGUCCUGGGCCCGGCGGGCCGUUCUCGCGCCGCGGCGGCCGGGCGGGGGGGGAAGUAGAGGCCGGCGGGGGUGGGGAUCGGGAAGCGCAGGAGCCGAGGCAUCCGCCGCGCGCCCCGCGAGCUGCAUGGCCCACAGUGCGACCGUGAGAGAAAGUUUAAAAGCAGGCGGUUUCCUCCCCGCCUUCUCCGCGGAGGGGUGGGGGUGUCUGUUUGUCCGUCUGCGCUCGGAGAGAGGUGGGGGUAACGAGCCGCUCUCCGGGGUCGCGAAGACCGUGGCCCUUACCCCACCCUUCCACGGGGAGACGAAGGAGAAGUCUUGGGGGUGGACAGCAAUCCCAAAGACCACCAGACAGUUAUUUCUUCACUGCCACUAGGUUCCAAAAUAAAUCAUGACUGAAUCUGCCUCUAGCACAAGUGGUCAAGAAUUUGAUGUAUUCAGUGUUAUGGACUGGAAAGAUGGAGUAGGCACGCUACCAGGAAGUGACUUAAAGUUUCGGGUAAACGAGUUUGGAGCCCUGGAAGUUAUCACAGAUGAGAGCGAGAUGGAAAAUGUUAAAAAAGCAACAGCUACCACAACUUGGAUGGUACCAACUGCUCAGGAAGCCCCGACCUCUCCCCCGAGCUCCAGGCCCGUAUUUCCACCUGCCUACUGGACAUCUCCACCUGGAUGUCCCACAGUCUUUUCAGAGAAGACUGGGAUGCCUUUCAGGUUGAAGGAUCCAGUGAAAGUAGAAGGGCUUCAAUUCUGUGAGAACUGUUGUCAGUAUGGCAAUGUAGAUGAGUGUCUUUCUGGAGGAAACUAUUGCAGCCAGAAUUGUGCCCGGCAUAUCAAAGACAAAGAUCAGAAGGAAGAAAGGGACGUAGGAGAAGACAAUGAGGAAGAAGAUCCUAAGUGUAGUCGGAAGAAGAAACCAAAAUUAUCUCUGAAAGCUGACUCCAAGGAGGAUGGAGAAGAUCGGGAUGAUGAAAUGGAAAACAAACAAGACGGAAGAAUCCUGAGGGGUUCGCAGAGAGCCCGAAGGAAAAGGCGAGGUGAUUCGACUGUAAUAAAGCAGGGCUUGCCUCCUAAGGGAAAGAAAGCCUGGUGCUGGGCGUCCUACCUGGAAGAGGAAAAAGCUGUGGCAGUGCCAGCAAAGCUGUUCAAGGAGUAUCAAUCCUUUCCAUAUAACAAAAAUGGGUUUAAAGUUGGCAUGAAAUUAGAAGGUGUGGACCCCGAGCAUCAGUCCGUGUACUGUGUCCUCACUGUGGCUGAGGUGUGUGGAUAUCGGAUAAAACUGCACUUUGAUGGAUAUUCUGAUUGCUAUGACUUCUGGGUAAAUGCGGAUGCUCUCGAUAUUCACCCGGUUGGGUGGUGUGAGAAAACUGGCCACAAACUCCAUCCUCCAAAAGGUUAUAAAGAAGAAGAAUUUAAUUGGCAGACGUAUCUAAAGACAUGCAAAGCCCAAGCUGCUCCCAAGUCAUUAUUUGAAAAUCAGAAUAUAACAGUGAUCCCAUCAGGCUUUCGAGUUGGAAUGAAGCUUGAAGCCGUAGACAAAAAGAAUCCUGCGUUCAUCUGUGUUGCUACGGUGACAGAUAUGGUGGACAAUCGUUUCCUGGUACAUUUUGACAACUGGGAUGAGAGCUAUGACUAUUGGUGUGAAGCAUCGAGCCCACACAUUCAUCCAGUCGGGUGGUGUAAAGAACAUAGAAGAACACUUAUUACUCCUCCAGGUUAUCCAAAUGUGAAACAUUUUUCUUGGGAUAAAUACUUAGAAGAAACCAAUUCUUUACCUGCCCCUGCAAGAGCUUUCAAAGUGAAACCUCCACAUGGAUUCCAGAAAAAAAUGAAGCUUGAAGUCAUAGACAAGAGAAAUCCUAUGUUUAUUAGAGUAGCAACAGUUGCAGACACGGAUGAUCACCGAAUAAAAGUUCACUUUGACGGCUGGAACAGCUGCUAUGAUUACUGGGUAGAUGCAGAUUGCCCUGAUAUUCACCCUGUGGGCUGGUGUUCAAAAACCGGGCAUCCGCUUCAGCCUCCUUUGAGCUCCUUAGAAUUAAUGGAAGCUUCAGAACAUGGCGGAUGUUCAACCCCAGGAUGUAAAGGGAUUGGUCAUUUUAAGAGAGUGAGACAGCUGGGCCCUCACAGUGCUGCCAACUGUCCCUAUUCAGAAAUCAAUUUGAAUAAAGACCGAAUUUUCCCAGACCGCUUAAGUGGUGAGAUGCCUCCGGCUAGUCCAUCAUUUCCAAGAAAUAAAAGGGCAGACACAAAUGAAAUCUCUUCAUCUCCUGAAAUCAGAGACCAGCAUCCUGAUGAUGUCAAAGAAGACUUUGAAGAGAGAACAGAAAGUGAAAUGAGGACAUCACAUGAAGCCAGAGCAGGGGCCCGGGAAGAACCUAGCCUACAACAAGCACAGCGCCGGUCGGCUGUCUUUCUGUCCUUUAAAUCACCAAUUCCAUGUCUGCCCUUGCGCUGGGAGCAGCAGAGCAAACUUCUCCCCACCGUAGCUGGAAUUCCUGCCAGUAAGGUUUCCAAAUGGAGCACAGAUGAGGUGUCAGAAUUCAUACAGAGUUUACCUGGCUGUGAAGAACACGGAAAGGUAUUUAAAGAUGAACAAAUUGAUGGAGAAGCCUUUCUGCUCAUGACCCAAACAGACAUUGUUAAAAUUAUGAGCAUUAAGUUGGGACCUGCUCUCAAAAUUUUCAAUUCUAUCCUGAUGUUCAAAGCUGCAGAGAAGAACUCUCACAAUGAACUUUGAAGAUGGUGAAUUUUGAAUACCAUCAGCUUUCUGCUUUAAAGCUCAUGUUUUAUUCAAAGCACAAGGACAGUUAUAACUCCUAAGCGAGAAGUCUCCAAAACUCAAAAGAGCAACGCUAUCAGAUUAUUUAUAUUCCUCAAGAGACAAUAUAUAUGAAUCCUUAUGAAAGUGCUUCAGCUUUUAACCAGGUACUGUCUAAGAGCACUCAUCCUUUGGUUCUGUUCACUGAGCUAAAUUUAUCUUUGUAAAUCUUUUUGAGGCUGGGGGAGGGGUGGGAGGGAAAGGGAACUUCAUUAAUUAUUUAUGGUAAAGGGGGGGGUCAGGAUAAGAACUUUUGGCAUUUUGUAAACAUUGUUGAGUCCUCUUUCAUGUACACGGUUUCUUUUUCAGUACUUUCAGAAACCUUUUUAUAUAAUCCAACUUCAACUUAAACCAAAUUAGUCAAGACCUGGCCAAGUUUAGCCAGUGGGACUGUUACCUGUAUUGUUAAUUCUGUGCCAUAUUUUGAACUGCAACAUUAUGCUAAGUAUAACUUUGCAAGUCAUGAUAUUGCCUAACUGCUUGUCAUAAUCUGUUGGGGCUGAAUAGAUGUAAAAAAUUACUUUUCUCUAAAUCAGUGUUUUUACUUUUGCACGCAUUAUGAAAUGUUAAAUUACUUUUCACCAGCAUCAUUACUAUAAUUACCAAAAACGUGUAUAUAAAUAAUGGAAUUGAAAAAUAAAAUAUAUAAAUAAAUUAGGUGAUGUAUUUGAAUGGCA